GUUGAUAACUGAGCGGUGCAGGGAGCACAUCGGCAAGCAGCGGACCUAAGUGGACAACAAAACAUGAUCGCACAUUUGAGACAUUUGACGAGACGGUUGCCCGCCCAGCAUGGCCGGCUAUUGUCGGGCCAACGGCAGCAGCUGCGCAGUGCCUCUUUUCUGAUUGAUCAGCCGGAGUACAGUUUCCUCAAGGAUCUGGGUCUUGAACGUGACAAUCCCGGCGUGUUUUCGGGCCACUGGCAGGGUCGAGGACCGAGCAUCACCAGCUAUGAUCCAGGCACCGGUCAGGCCAUUGCCACAGUGCGUCAGGGUAAUGUGCAGGAACUGCAGCAAGCAAUCGGACUGACCGUGGAGGCCUACAAGCAAUGGCGCCAGGUGCCGGCACCCGUGCGUGGCGAGAUUGUGCGUCAAAUUGGCGACGAGCUACGCAAAUACAAGGAACCGCUAGGCAAGCUUGUCUCCCUGGAGGUGGGCAAGAUCUACAGCGAGGGUCAGGGCGAGGUACAGGAGUUCAUUGACAUUUGCGACUAUGCCGUGGGACUCUCACGCAUCUAUGCCGGCCAGGUAAUCAAUUCGGAGCGUGCCCAGCACACCAUAUUAGAGGCAUGGCGUCCGCUUGGCCUAGUGGGCGUUAUAUCGGCCUACAACUUUCCCAACGCCGUCUUUGGCUGGAAUACAGCCAUUGCUUUGACAACAGGCAACAGCGUGCUAUGGAAGGGAGCGCCCAGCACCCCCCUCGUCUCCGUGGCCACCACCAAAAUUGUCGCCGAGGUGUUGCGACGCAACAAUUUGCCGGCCGUGGUCAGCCUCUGCCAAGGUGGCACAGAUGUGGGCGCAGCUCUAGUCGCGGAUAAACGCGUCAAUCUGCUCAGUUUCACGGGCAGCUGCCAGACGGGACGGGAUGUUGGUGUGGAGGUUCAGCGUCGUUUCGGCAAGGUCAUAUUGGAGUUGGGCGGCAACAACGCGUUAAUUGUUGACGAGUCGGCCAAUAUAAAAAUGGCCUUAGAUGCGGCGCUCUUUGGUUGCAUUGGCACCAGCGGACAGCGCUGCACCACCACAAGGCGCAUCAUUGUCCACGAGAAACUGCACGACAGCUUUGUGGAGGCGUUGACUGUCAAGUAUGCGCAGCUAUUGCCGCGCAUUGGCCACCAGCUGGAGGCGCAAACCCUCGUGGGACCCGUGCACACACAGCAGAAUGUCGACAGCUAUAAAGCGACCAUCGAGGAGGCCAAGCUGCUGGGCGGCACUGUAGCCUUUGGAGGACGUGUUUUGGAGCGUGCUGGGCAUUAUGUGGAGCCCACCAUCAUUACUGGACUGCCGCAUGAUGCCAGCGUUGUGCAUCGUGAAACAUUUGCUCCCAUUGUCUAUGUGCUCAAAGCGCGCGAUGUGAACGAGGCUAUUGCCUGGAACAAUGAGGUGGAGCAGGGCCUGUCCUCGGCCAUCUUCACGGAGAAUAUUAGCCAGGCCUUCAAAUGGAUUGGUGCCCAAGGUUCCGAUUGUGGUAUCGUUAAUAUUAACACCACCACAAACGGCGCAGAAAUUGGCGGCGCCUUUGGCGGUGAGAAGGCUACGGGCGGUGGUCGUGAAUCGGGAUCAGAUGCAUGGAAACAGUACUGCAAGCGUGCCACCAUCACGGUGAAUCACUCGGGCGAACUGGCCUGUGCUCAGGGCGUUGUCUUUAACGUAGAGUAAAAGAAACGUUUGCACGGAAUUCGUUUUUAUUUU